CUUCAGAGGGAUUGGGCGCCGGACUGCAGGUACGUAUUAAAGUCAGGGACCCCGUAUUGGGUUUAGUGUGGGUGAAUGUGUAACAAUUCUCCUUAUAAUGGGUAGCCUUAGGUCUUUGAGACACAUAGUUAUCUUCCAUAAAUGUCCUUUUGGGCCUGCAUUUAAUCUACUUUUAUCAUAUGCAGUAUAGAGGUCUAGGAAUGCUGAAUAACUGGUGACCUUAAGUAACCUAGAUGUCUGGUAGAUGAGGAGUCAUCCAGUAGGGUCAGAUUUUUUGUGAUGCAUAUUUUACCCAAAAUACAGGGAAUAAAAACACUCAGCCUUGUCAUAUUUUAUCCUGAUUUUUAAUGAAAGUUUGAGAGAAGCCAGAUGAAAAUAUUUCCCUGUAUUGAUGAGACUUAAGGUGUAAAGAGAACCUGGAAAUAGGGCUGAGUGAGAUUAGUUCAGCAGUUCUCCUCCGCACACCUUGUUCUGUCCUGUGAGUCAGAUUGAUUUGCUUAUCUUUAUUUAGGGCACUAGAGGUUACAUUUCAACAUCUUUUGUAAUUGAGGUUAUGGUGUAACUCGCUGGUCUCCCAACCUUUUGCUCCCUCUUUGGUUGCAAAGCUACAACUCCAAGAAUGCCCAAGAAACCUCUGUCCCUUAUGACAUGCUGGGAGUUGUAGUGUUACAGCAGGUUGGAGAGCAAGCACUGAAGGCCAACAAUGCAGUUCUACUAUAUAUGCUGUCAUUUGGUGUGUUUAUUGGAGGGGGUAUGGGAAUUAGUAGAGUUCUAGCCUUUAUAAUACAGUAGAAUUUGGGUAGUUUUUUUUAGGUGUACUGGUUAAUGUUUGUUUCUUUUGUCUGUUUCUUUUUUGUUCCUUUUCAUUUCAACAUAUCCACGCAGUAUUUCAUGGUUCUAACAAAGCGGCAGCGUAAAAAAUAAUAAACCAUGACGCAUGAAAAAUACCUGUUCUUUUCCCUGGUUCAGCCUGAACUAUUUACCAGGCCCUGCUGAAAAUACCACUCAACCGUUUUCUUCUCCAGCUUGUCCAGUUUCUCUUAAGUGCCCUGUACAUGUUGUAUGUUUUAUGCUGACAUGCACUUUGUUAAGCCAAGACAAAAUUACUGGAAUAAUUCCUGAUGAGGCUAAAGCCCUAACACUUGUGGCCCCAGCUAAUGCAGUCACAGGUCUGCUUCCUGGCGGAGGACUUCUGCCUACUCCGAAUCCACUGGGUCAGAUUGGUGCUGUACCACUCGCUGCUCUGGGAGCGCCUACACUGGAUCCUACACUUGCAGCCCUAACGCUUCCUGGAGCUAACCUAAACUCCCAGUCCCUUGCAGCAGACCAGUUAUUAAAACUAAUGAGUACUGUUGAUCCAAAACUGAAUCAUGUAACUGCUGGACUGGUGUCACCAAGCCUGAAAUCUGAUGCUUCUAACAAAGAUAUUGAAGAAGCUAUGAAGAGGGUUCGGGAAGCCCAGUCCUUGAUUUCUGCUGCCAUUGAGCCCGGUAAGUUUUCCGAUAAGAAGGAUGACAAAUCAAAAAAACAUUCAAGGUCACGCUCCCAUUCUAGGAGAAGGAGAACGCCCUCAUCCUCUAGGCACAGACGCUCAAGAAGUAGGUCAAGAAGGAGAUCUCAUUCGAAAUCCAGAAGCAGACGACGAUCUAAGAGCCCCAGGAGGAGGCGAUCCCACUCAAGAGAAAGAAGCCGCCGUUCUCGAUCCAAAUCCAGAGAUAAAAAGCGAGAAGAAAAAGAUAAAAAGCGAUCUAAAACCCCACCCAAGAGCUACAGCACAAGCAGGCGAUCUCGAAGCACAAGCAGGGACAGGAGGCGCAGAAAGAGUCGUAGUGCAACUCGAUCUCCUCCUAAAAAAAUAAGAUCACCUAAGAGGAAAGCAUCUCGCACCCCAUCACCUAGAAGGCAUAAAAAGGAAAAGAAGAAGGAUAAAGACAGAGAAAAGAACAGGGAUGAAAGGGAGAGAUCUUCCAGUAAAAAGAAGAAAAGCAAAGACAAAGAGAAGGAGCGUGAGCGAAGAUCGGAAAGCGAAAAAGACGUGAAACAGGUGACACGUGACUACGAUGAAGAGGAGCAGGGCUACGACAGCGAGAAGGACAAGAGAGAAGAGUAUAUGGUGACGGAAGCCAGUCCUGCGCAAGAGAGCGAGGCGGCAGAAGAGAGGACGGUUAUUGACUCGGUAAAAGACUCCAAAGUGAAUGGAGACGAUCAUCAUGAGGAAGAUAUGGAUAUGAGUGAUUGAGUGCUUCCCUUUCCCCAGUGCUCCUCCUUACGUGAUAUUUUUAAAUUUUUUUUUUUUUUUGUUUGUUUAACCUAAUUUUGGUCGUCAGCAGCACAGAGUGAAUGUAAAACUACAGAAGUCAUUAGAUUUGUACCGAAGGGUUUUGUCUGAAACAUUGAAGUGGAUUAACCUGUCUUGUGUGGUUUUUAAAGAGAAACUGUAAAAAAAAAAAAAAAAAAACACACACAAAACCCUCCUUUCGUUCUUUAACUUGACGCAACUUAUCAAAUACGUUGCAUGCGUCCUCUACACCUUCGCAUGUGUUGUAUCAUUUUUCUUUCUAUUUAGAUGCUCAAUUUCCUCCUCCCCCCCCCUUAUGUGCUAGAACCCAGUCCUUUGCUGCAGUUACCACAAAUAGUUUUCAUAGUAUCCGGAACACUGCUGUCCGCAACGAAUGGCCUCCUUUUUUUUUUUUUUAAACAUUUCCAAAUGUUUCCUCCUCAACCUAGGUAGACCGUUAGACGUCGUACUGCGCCGUUCUGUGGGAUUUCUUUAGUAAAACGUAAUCUAUAUUUUUGUUUUGAAGACUUAGAGGCUUUUUUAGCAUUUAAAGUUAUUUUAACUUCGUAUGGCAGUGUUUCCAUAGCAGUGUGCCUCCGGCUGUCCAGGCAUGCUGGGAGUUGUAGUUUUGCAACAGCUGGAGGCACACUAUUUAGGAAAACACUGGCCUAAGGCUGGCUUUCAGGGCAUGCUGGGAGUUCUAGUUUUGCAGCAGCUGGAGGCAGCCUUGUUGGAAAACACUGCCAUAUGCUAGACACGUCAUUGGGGAUUGCUGUAGGGCCCAAUAGCAUGGACAAAUCUGUGUGUGAACUGCACACUAAGGCAGUGUUUCCCAACCAGUGUGCCUCCAGCUGUUGCAAAACUACAACUCCCAGCAUGCCCGGACAGCCGAAGGCUGUCCGGGCAUGCUGGGAGUUGUAGUUUUGCAACAGCUGGAGGCACACUGGUUGGGAAACCCUGCACUAAAGAUCCUGUUGAUCGUUUUUAUUUUUCUGACCAUGAAAUGAUUUGCCGAUAGGUGUUUGCGGUCUUCGGUCUGUUGCUCUCUAGCAGUCACAUGCUCAUAAGUCCAAGCAUUUAGGGCCUGCUGGGAGUUGUAGUUUCUGUAGAGCCACAGUCUUGGAUUCUCUCCUUUUUUUUUUUUAUGUAGGACAAUAAUGGAGUUUUCCACUUGAACGUUCACCAGAAAUCAUUUUCUUGCUUUUUUGUAAAUUAAAUCGAGAGACGUUGUGCGUUAAUUGGAUGUUUGUUGCGCUUUUCAGAAUUUUUUUUUCUUCUUCCCUUCUCCCCCCUCAGACUUUCAACAUGCCUUUUUGUGUUCACCCCCCUGGUGCCGUAGUGAGUCCAUUCUAUUAUACGCUGAGUAGUUGGUGCAUUUUAUUUCAGAUUUUUUUUUUUUUUUCCCAACCUUUCACGGCUUCACUUUUGUUCAUUAUCAAACAAACAAAUGUAGGUUCCAAUCUGUGCCAUCUCGAUGUACAGUUACUGAAAUUUUGUUUUACGAAAACCUUUGAUAAUAAAAUGUAUAAAUGGAAA